AUGGACAAGGGAGGCAUAGCUCACGUCGAGACUACUCAUGAUGAUCAAACAUUCUCAAAGGAAACGGGUGGAAAUGUCGAGCUCUUCAGGGGCAACGAAGUGGUCCUUAUCCCAACUCCCUCGGCAGAUCCUAGAGACCCUUUGAACCUUCCGCCAUGGCGCAAAUGGAUCUUAUUGAGCUUGAUAUCGGCAUACAGCUGCACAGCCGUCGUACUGGCAUCGGGCCUGGGGUCCAUCUUCACCAUCGUGGAAGCAUCUUACCCCGGACAAGAAGCUCGAGCCAACGAUCUAAUGACCUAUCCCACUUUAUUUAUGGGCAUCGGAAAUCUCAUCGCAAUGCCCUGGGCGUUCACACUGGGCCGCCGACCGGUAUUCCUCGCAUCGAUGCUGCUUCUCAUUUGCGCUGGAAUCUGGUGCCAGUGCUCGACAAGCCUGACAAGUCAUAUCGCUGGCCGCAAUAUCAUGAGUCUGGCCGCCGGACAGAGCGAAGCUCUGUCGCCCAUGAUUGUGCAGGAAAUCCAUUUCUUACAUGAACGCGGUCGCAAAAUUGCUUGGUUUAUCUUUCUGCAGAAUAUCGCCUCUGGGGUGUUCUUUGUUGUCUCAACUUACAUGGUUUCUGCCUGGGGUUGGAGAUGGUGGUACGGCUUUUUCAACAUCAUGAACGCAUUGAUCUUUGUUCUAUCGGUGGUGUUCGUCACCGAGUCGCAUUUCGAGCGAUCCGAAGAGGCUAUGCGAGGCGAGCCGCUUCCAGACACAAAAACCCUCUGUCCCCAUGGCACUGAGGGCGGCGUUGAACAAUACGAACCUCGCCGCUGGCGCGAUGACCUCAAGCCCGUCGUCCUCCGUCCUCGGCUGCGUGAUAUCCCGACAUUCUACAAACAUGUUCUCCAGGGAUUCCUUGUGCCAACGACACUCUGGCUCCUGCUGCUGAACGGUGCCAACCUUGGUGUCUAUGUUUUCCAGGCUUCUACAUUCGCAAGAAUCCUCAUGACUCCGCCUUACAGCUUUUCCUUCAAUGCACUUGGAUACGUCCAAGCUGGACAACUUGUUGACUGCCUGAUCUUCCUUCCGCUUCUAGGUUAUGGCUCUGAUUGGGUUAUCGGGACGCUGAGCCGUCGUUAUAAUGGUGGCCUCUACAAACCAGAGUAUCGACUACCCGUCUUGGCAAUCCCGGCUAUUGUCGGUGUGAUCUGUGCUCUCAUAUACGGGCAGGCCGCCGCAAAUCCAGAAAAAUGGAGUGUGGCAUCCAUUGUCAUUGGUUAUAAUGCCAGUUACUUCGCCUUCCUGGGUGCAAAUAUCGUCGGAAUUACGUAUGCCGUCGACAGCUUUCCUUUCCGCGCUGCUCCUUUCUUAGUUGUUAUCUGCGCUGGCCGAGGCUUAAUCUCCUUUGGGUUGAGCUACGCCACUCUGCCUACUAUUGCUACUCUUGGAUAUGGCAAAACGAUGAUCGUUGAGGCGGUUAUCUGUGGUGUACUGGCCCUUCUUGCCAUUCCAAUGUUCUUUGUGGGACCUCGGAUACGAAAAUUCGUUCAGAGAUGGUGCGAUGACAAUGACAAGGCGCAGUGA